AAGAGGAAAUUGCGGAGGCAUAUAUGGUUGUAGGAGAGAGUAAUAAGCAAGAAUUAGAAGAAGGGGACGAAAAUCGAGUAGAUAAAAAAGAAGCUGACUCGCCUGAGCUUAACGAAGAGAUAUACGAAGCAAGUGCUCGACCAACCACUGUGAUUUCAUAUGAAAAGGUGGGAACUGCCUAUCAAAAAAACCUAGAAUACAUGGGCCCAAGUAAAUCGUAUAGCAAUACCUACCAAGUAUAUUAUCACCCAGCCAAUUUCGAGCAUCUUGUGCUGGAAUUAUUGGAUC